GUACAGAUAUUUUUUACAGUGUACACAUCAGCAGGUGAGCUCCUCCUCCUCACCUGGAUCAAGCAGAUCACCUGGAGCGUCUCCAUUUUAUGACCCAGACGUCUCAGCAGCAGAUCCAACUCACUGAAAUCCAGAAGAUGGGAGAUUUGGACCUAAAGCAGGACAGAGCAGAACCUCCAGGAUCCGUCUGUCCCUCUAUGAGGAGUGACCGGUCCAAGGAAGAACCUCCAGACUUCAGUACUGAUCCAGAACCAUCAGAAAUAAAAGGGAGGAAGAGGAGCAGCGUUGGUGAGGAGGAGCAGCCGUCCUGCUGUGCUUUGUGUCAGGAGGUUCUGGUGGAUCCGGUCUCUACCAGCUGUGGUCACUGGUUCUGCCGACGGUGCAUCAGGUCCUACUGGGACCAGUCUGCUCCAUCUGGACCCUCCUCCUGCCCCCAGUGUGGAGAAAGACCCAGAACAGGAGCUGGACUGCUGACAGCCAAUCAGAGCAGCUGUGCUCCAGGUGAGACUGAACACGUCCAAUCAGAGCUUCUUCUGUCGUCUGUUGGACCAAUUCAACGUCUUUAGUUGGGAUUUGGACAUUUAAGGUUUUAUAAAUCUUCCUGUCAACUAAAUCUGAGUUUUUCCAGCUGCUGUAAAUAGUUUUACUUUAAAGUGCCUCUGUUCUCAGCUCUUUGUGCUAAUUGUAUUAAAACUGAACAUUUCAUUAAAUCUAAUGAUCAUUUUGAUCCAUGAACUCAGCAGCCUAGUUCUGCACUAGUGACAUGCUAUGCAGCUAAUGUUGUUCCUAUUAUGGUGUGUAAAGUCAGUCCCAGGAUCUUUGUAGAAAUUCACCACAUUAUUAAACUCUGACUAGAUGAAUAACAGAAUCAGAAACUCCAAAAGGAAACAACAACAGUGAUCACACAGCGCUCAAAAAACUUGCUGCUCUUCUGAGUUCAACACCUGCCUGCUACCUGUUGCCCCCUGACUCAGAUUCUUGAGCCUACAGCGCCACCUAGUGACCAAAAAGGAAAUAUAUCACAUAUUUGGCUCCUGCAGUGCAUGGAGACAAGAAGGUGGAGAAAGCAACCUGCUGCUUUUACAGAAAGAGGGAAGGAAAGUCUGAGACAGA